AUGUUUGAUUACUGUUUUGCCCCUUUGCUUUGUUUAUUAAUCAACUCAAUCUUCAUCAAACCAGCAUCUCAAACUUUCUUCUUUUUCUUCAAUAAUGGCGAGGUUCAUCGAGCUCUACUUCUAGCUUUUCUCCUAGUCCAAUUCUCCAUUGUAUCUUCGUCAUCUCCACCACAUUCCUCGCAGACUCCAUCGCCGCAUCCCACCGCCGAUUCACCUUCACCCAAAACUCCAUCACCGAUUCCCUUCCUCCAUCUCCUUCAGACGCUCCAAUUAACGCACCACAUCCUUCUUCACCUCCGACGCCACCGCAAUCAUCUCCGUCUCAAUCUCCGUCAACCGACGACACACCCCCAGCUCCUUUUCCAGCACCGUCGAAUCCAAAAGACAUCAACUACAACAACCUCGGACGGAGAAGGAGCUAAGAACGCCUUUGGGGAAAUGAGCAUGGCAAAGAACGUAGAUAUCAUACUUGGAAUGAUAGUUGGAUAA